AUGGCUUCUUCUUCGCUCCACGGCUCCGACAAACCGCCGUCCAUGAACGUGGAGGCCAUCCUCCAGAUGAAGGCAGGCCUCGGCGACGACAGUUACGCCAAGAACUCUGUGAUUCAGAAGGAGAGCAUGGACACCGUGAGAAGCCUCGUGAUUGAUUCAGCAACGCAGCUGUACCAGUCACUGAGACCGGAGAUGUUUACGGUGGCAGACCUUGGAUGCUCGUCGGGGACGAACGCGCUCGGCAUGGUGGAGGACAUCAUCACCAGCAUAGGGAAGUUGUGCAGCAGCAACGGGUCGCCGACGCCAGAGUUCUCGGUGCUCCUCAACGACCUCCCGGCCAACGACUUCAACACCGUCUUCUCCCACCUGCCGGAGUUCACCGCCAAGCUGAAGCAGGCGGCCGGAGACCAGUUGCCGAUGGUUUUCAUGUCCGGCGUUCCGGGGUCCUUCUACGGGAGGCUGUUCCCUAAAAGGAGCCUGCACUUUGUUUGCUCCUUCGCUAGCCUGCACUGGCUCUCUCAGGUUCCUCCACUCUACGACGAUGAAACCAACACGCCGAUUAACAAGGGGAAGAUGUUCAUAUCAAGCACGAGCCCUCCUGCGGUGGCGUCGGCCUACCUGAGGCAGUUCCAGAGAGACUUCAGCCUUUUCCUCAGGUCGCGGGCCGCCGAGGUGGUCUCCGGCGGCCGUGUGGUCAUCACAAUGCUAGGCCGGCGAACCGAGGGCUACGCGGACGUGGAAACCACCCUGCUGUGGGAUCUUCUCUCCGAGUCCCUUGCUGCGCUUGUUUCACAGGGCUUGACGGAGCAGGAGAAGGUGGACGCCUACGACGUGCCCUUCUACGCGCCCAGCGUACGGGAGGUCCAGCAGGAGGUGACCACGGAAGGCUCCUUCAGCCUCGACGUGGUGCGGAUGUACGAGGCAACCCACGGCGGGGGCGACUCCAAGAGCUACGGCAGGAUGAUAGCUAUGACUGCCAGGGCUGUCCAUGAAUCCAUGGUGAGCCACCACUUCGGGCCGGCCAUCGUUGACCCGCUGUUCCACAUGUACAGCGAGCUAGUCACCCAGUCCAUGGAGAAGGGGGAGGUCAACAAGAGUGUUCAAAUAGGGAUGGUUCUCACAAGGUUGUAA